UCGCAUAGCCCACUCAACCUUACCGAUAUUCGCUCACGCGCCAUCUCCGACGCAAAUGAGGGUGCUUCAGGCACGGCCUUCUUCAGCUACUCUGAUCAGCCUACAAACUCCAAUUACCUGGCACCCUUUCCUACAUAUGCAUUUGAUUGGUGCAAAUGGCCUGUGGUGAAUGGCUCAUCGGGAGCAGGCAAGAUGGCCGUGGGCAGCUACUUGGAAGAUCCACACAAUUUUAUACAGAUUUUGGACACUCAUAUAGUACCACAGGAUGUGGCUACUCCGGGAAAUGCGCCAUACGGACUAGAGUACAGUAAAGUGGCCGAGGCUACCUGCGCAUAUCCUGUGACCAGAAUAUUGUGGGAGCCGCCGAGCUCUCAGAAGAGCAGCACCGACUUGUUGGCUACAAGCGGAGAUCACUUACGAUUGUGGAGCUUGCCCUCGCCUCCGACGCCCCAUUCUGCUCAUAUCAAUCGCAGCGCGUCCGCCAACAUUCGAGAUCCUGCGCCUCAAAAGCUGCAGCCGCUUGCUCUGCUUUCGAAUAGCAAGACCCCAGAACAUACUGCGCCUCUCACAUCUUUGGAUUGGAACACACUCUCACCGAAGCUGAUAAUUACUUCAUCGAUUGACACAACUUGUACCAUUUGGGAUAUACCAACUUUGACUGCCAAAACACAGCUCAUCGCACACGAUAAGGAGGUCUUCGACGUGAGAUUUUGCGCAGGGUCUGUGGACGUCUUUGUAUCAUGUGGUGCCGAUGGAAGUGUGAGAAUGUUUGACUUGCGUAGCCUGGAGCAUUCGACCAUCAUUUACGAACCCGCAGAAAAGGCCGACAAAACUGCAUCGCCGACUGCAUCAUCUCCCUCGAAAGGAGGACAAACGUUGUCUUCGGCACCUCCACUUCUGAGGCUAGCUGCCUCGCCUCACGAUGCUCAUCUUCUUGCCACGUUCGCCUCCGACAGCAAUGUUAUCCGCAUAUUGGACGUUCGACAACCCGGCCAGGCGCUGCUUGAACUCAAGGGCCACAAAGGUAAUCUCAACAGCAUCGAAUGGAACCCAAGCAGGAGAGGGAUGCUUGCUUCUGGUGCCGACGAUAGUCUUGUCAUGGUUUGGGACCUUUUGAAUUCUCAGAAUCAAGCUUCGGUGACUACCAAUGCCAUGAAUGGUAACGGAUCCGGGCAACCUGACUCAUCUGGCAAAGGGCCAUUUGCCAGUUGGAGAUGCGAGUAUGAAGUUGCCAACGUUUCCUGGGCGCCUCAAAGUACAUUAACCCAGCAGGGCGGGGAUUGGCUCGGUGUAUGCGCUGGUAGAGGUGUCUGGGGAGUCAAG